AUGGAGGCGCCGGACGAGGAGGCCGGCCUGGGGCUCCCGGAGGGCGAGCGGCUUCUGGAGGUCACCAUCAUCUCCGCGCAGGGGCUGAAGCCGCCUUCUGGACUUCGGCGGCGGUUGCAGGCGUACGCCGUGGCGUGGGUUGACACCGCGCACAGGCUCCAGACGCAACCCGACCGCUCUGGCGGCCCCGAUCCGGCUUGGCACGAGCGGUUCCUCUUCCGCGUGCACGAAGCCGCGCUCGCCGAGGAUUCCCGCGCUGCCGUCACCGUGGAGAUCUACGCCUCACCGAACGGGGCCUGGCACAUCGGCGGGGACUCCCUGAUCGGAUCCGCGCGGUUCCUCCUCGGCGACAACUGCCUCCUGUCCCGCCCCGUUGGGUCCCCAGCCAUGUUCGCCGUCGGCGUCCGACGCCCCUCCGGCCGCGUCCACGGCCUCCUCAAUGUGGCCGCUAGCCUGGUCGCUGCGCCGCCCUCUCCGGCGGCCUCCCACGCCCUCAGCUUCUCCCCCGCCGUCUCUCUCAGCGGCCUACCCCCUGCCGUCGCCAUCAGCAGCCUCUCCACGGCGCCGAUCUCAGGCCGCGUGCUGCGCGUCCUCAACCGCGCGCACCCAACACCCCCACCUUCUCCUAAGGUGCUCACGCCCAAGAAGCUGCAGGCCUCGGUGAAGCCUAACAAUAAAGGAUCGGACAACCAGCAGGUUGCGGUGAAGCCAAGUAACAAGCGUGAAGACGAUGCCAGCGAUCAGGAGGGGGAGGAUGAGAACACGUACAUGGGCGGGGUGAUGUUUUGCGGGCCUUGUGUCUUACCAUUCCCGAGAAAGAUUCACACCAGCCCCUCUGACGAGAACCUGCAGGCCUUCGCUGGCAUCUUCUCUAGCGGUGUUGGCAUUGCCAGACGGAGCCCGAGCCCUCGGCACUGA